AUAGAGAAACUUGUUGAUUUAAUCAUGCCCGAGACAGUAGCGCCGAAAGCGCCCAAGAAGGGCUCCAAGAAAGCCGUCACCAAAGUUGGCCCCAAGGGCGGCAAGAAGAGGAGAAAGACCAGGAGGGAGAGCUACGCCAUCUACGUGUACAAGGUGCUGAAGCAGGUGCACCCCGACACCGGGAUCUCCUCCAAGGCCAUGAGCAUCAUGAACUCGUUCGUCAGUGACAUCUUCGAGCGUAUCGCGUCCGAGGCUUCCCGCCUGGCUCUCUACAACAAGCGCUCCACCAUCUCGUCCCGGGAGAUCCAGACCGCGGUCCGCCUGCUGUUGCCCGGUGAGCUGGCCAAGCACGCCGUGUCUGAGGGAACCAAGGCUGUAACCAAGUACACCAGCUCCAAGUAAACUGUUGACACCAGUUUCUAAACCCAACGGCUCUUUUCAGAGCCACUCACUUCUACAAAGAGUAAAUACUCUCUCUUCAUAGAAAAUGAUGUUUAAUUAACUUAAAAAACCCAGAGUAAUUCACUAUGUUUGAUGUACAACACCUUUUGAUUUAAUAUGGAGGUCCUCAACUUGAUCUGUCAAAUUCAUGCCACCUGACACGUUGGUCUUUGUUGAUGCAUGAAUCUCAUUUUGCGUUAUUUUAUAUUGAAACACUGAUAUAUCAUAAAUACUAUCUUCUCAUUCUCCCCCUAAUGACCAAACUUGACACUCCAUGUCCUCCAUGUUUGAGACCAUGAAUAGUCCAUGAAGUCUAGUACAGUAUAAAGGACAUAAAUUUUA